AUCAUUGUAGUUGACGCACAACAACAGAUGAGAUAUAGUACAUAAUCAUCGCCUCUCUCUACAGUCUACCAUACCCUUAUUAGCUCGCUUUACUACUACACACCACAGACACACUGUCUCCAUUAUCCAUCUCCAUGGCAGCCCAUGCUUUCAAGAAGGCAGUGGUGGGCGGGGGGAAGUGGGUGACGGAGGAAUGCAAGAAGUCGUUCAUGGAGAUGAAGUGGAAGAAGGUGCACAGGUACAUCGUGUUCAAGUUCGUGGACGACAAAUCCCUGUCCCUCACGGUGGACAAGGUGGGGGGUCCCGGGGAGAGCUACGACGACCUGGCUGCCGCUCUCCCCAGGGACGACUGCCGCUACGCCCUGUUCGACUUCGACUUCGUCACGGUCGACAACUGCCGGAAGAGCAAGAUACUGUUCAUCGCCUGGGCGCCGGCGGAGUCCAGGAUCCGAGCCAAAAUGCUCUACGCCACCUCCAAGGAAGGGCUGAGGAGGGCUCUCGAUGGGAUCCACUACGAGGUUCAGGCCACCGAUCCUGCCGAGAUGGGAAUCGACGUCAUCAAGGAUCGAGUCGCCAAAUGAAAUGCGAUGAUGAUUUGAUUAUUAACUACCCACGCACAACAACAUCAUC